AAGCGGCCAUGGUUCCCAGGUUGCGGCGAGGACCGUCGUCUGCGACGACAAUCGAGAUGGCGGGUGGCAUCGCAAGUCUCGUCUUCGUGUUCCGCACGCCAUGAAGACGGCGGCGGGUGGCUGGCGGCCGGCCGCCUUGUGUGUGCUCCUGCUCGCGCUGGCCGCCGCGGCCGAGUUCACGCGCCUCAGCUCGCGCACGGUGACGACCAAGUACGGCGCGCUCAAGGGCUACAUCGAGACGCCCGUGCCGCCCGGCACGCAGGGCCAGCAGUCCUCCCGCCAGCAGCAACUGCAGCCCGUCGAGGUGUUCCUGGGCGUGCCGUAUGCGGCGCCUCCGACGGGGGCCAUGCGAUUCAUGCCCCCCGUGUCGCCGGCCCACUGGAGUGGCGUCCGCAUGGCCGACCGGCUGGCGCCCGUGUGCCCGCAGCGGCUGCCCGACAUCGGCUCCGAGAGCGAGGCCGUCAAGCGCAUGCCCCUGGGAAGGCUCGAGUACCUGCGCCGCCUGCUGCCGCACCUGCAGCGGCACAGCGAGGACUGCCUCUACCUCAACAUCUACACGCCCGCCAUCGUGGGCCGAGACGCUGUGAGGCUUCCAGUGCUGAUGUUCAUCCACGGCGAGUCGUACGAAUGGAACUCCGGCAACCCGUACGACGGUACCGUUAUGGCCUCGGCCGGAAAUGUGGUGGUGGUCACCAUCAACUUCCGUCUCGGCAUCCUCGGCUUCCUUCCGGCGAUGGGGAACAGCGCGCGGGCCAACAACGGCCUGCUGGACCAGAUCGCGGCCCUGCACUGGAUCCGCGACAACAUCGCCGAGUUUGGCGGUGACCCUGCCAACGUGACGCUCGCUGGCCACGGCACGGGCGCCGCUAUGGCACACCUGCUCCUGCUGGCGCCCAUGGCCCAGUCGCUGGUGCACCGCGCCCUCCUGAUGUCCGGCUCGGCGCUCAGUCCGUGGGCGCUGGCCCGCGACGCGCACGCGCACGCGCGUCACGUGGCCCGCGCCCUGGACUGCCCCGUGGCCGAAGAAGAAGGGCUGGUCGAGUGCCUGCGGCUGCGACCGGUGGGAGACCUGCUGCGUGUGCCCCUGUCCGUGCCCGACCACCUGAGCGCGUUCGGCCCCACCGUGGACGGCAUCGUGUUGCGCGCCGAGCCCCUGGAGCUGACCGAGUCGCUCGCCUCGUCGGGCCGCCGCCUCGAGCUGAUGAUGGGCGUGUCGCGGUUCGAGUCGUACUUCUUCGUGAGCGCCUCGGAGGAGAAGUACGGCAUUGAGGCGGACCGGCGGGACCGGCUGCUGCGCACGCUGGUGCGCAACCUCUUCUCCUUCCACCAGCAGGAGAUAUUUCUCACCAUCGUCAACGAGUACACCGACUGGACGAAACCCUUCCAGCACCCGCUCAACAUCCUGGACAGCACGGGCGAGGCCGUGGGUGACGCCCUGGUGGUGGCUCCGCUGGUGCGCACUGCGGGCCUCCUGUCCCGCGCCGCUGCCACCUUCCUGUACGUGUUCGCGCACCAGGCCGAGCUCUCGUCGGACUACCCGAGCCGGCUCGGAUGCGUGCAUGGCGAGGAAUUGGCCUUCGUGUUCGGCGCGCCGCUCGUCGCCGCGCUUGGACACUUCGGCCGCAACUAUAGCAGGCAAGAGCAGGCGCUCGCCGAGGCCACCGUCUCGUUCUGGACGAACUUCGUCAAGUUUGGGGACCCCAGCUACACGGGCCACAGCGGCGGUCUGACCGGGAGCGAGCUGCAUGCCAAAGGGCGCUUCGAGCGCAUCGCUUGGCCACCUUACGAGCCGGCGCACCAGAAGUACCUACUCAUCGGGUUGAAGCCCAAGGUGAAGGACCACUACCACGCGCACCGACUGUCGCUGUGGCUGCACCUGAUACCGCAGCUGCACCGGCCGGGCGCCCCCGAGGCGCACCACUUGCUCGAGGACCACGACAACCCACUCAGCUACGACGGCCACGUGCGCUCCCUGGAUGGCACGGCGCCCGCGUCCUCCUCGUCGUCUUCUUCCACGGCGCCCAGCAGCAGCACCAGCAGCAGUAGCAGCAGCGCCGCCCCGCUGUCACCAGCGCCCGGCGUGCCGCAGGCAUCGCAGCGUCAUGGGCGGUGCUCGCAGGGCAACGAGAGCGGCGCGUGGCCCGCCGAGGCGGCGUCCACGGCGAGGCCCCUGUGGGAGCCGCUGUCCGGCGGCGGGUACUCGACCGCGCUCAGCGUCACCAUCGCCGUCGGCUGCUCGCUGCUCGUGCUCAACGUGCUCAUCUUCGCGGGCGUCUACUACCAGCGGGACAAGACGCGACUCGAGGCGAAGCUACACAAGCGCAGCUACAAGCUGGCCAAGCCCGGUGAGCCACCCCACCUGACCACCGCGGGCGGAAAGCCACUUGCGCUGCGCGCGCCUCCCCCGUCGCCCGUGGGGCCCGCCGGUGGCGCUGGCGGCGGCAACGCUGCCACGCUGCCGCCCAAGGCGCCGCCGCCGAUGCCCGAGGCACAGCCGCUGCUCGCGCAGGGCGCCAGCCUCGCGAGGCUCGUUCUGCGCAGCCGACCGCCAGAGCCUCAAGAGAACGUGUGUGUGAUGCAGUGGAGGAAGCCUGGCUGCCUGCCCCCGUCUGGAGCCCCCGGCUCCGGAUAGCAGACGCCAACCUCCGGUACUCUCCGAACAGCCCGACGAGACGCGGACCAUGACUACACCGGCUGCUGAAGGCUGACUCAACUUCUCGUCGGUACCGCAUGGCCUUCGACUGGAACGUGCAGUGUCGUCUCCCGCACGGUCAUCUCGCGUGAAUCGGGCUGAACACUUCUGUGCUGGCACAGGACCGGUGUGUGGGAGUGCGGAGAGUGCUGGAGGUUAUAGUGUGUGCAGUGGGAACGCUCCUUCGGCGUGGUGGGAUCCCGCGUGUCAUCCCGCCGAGCGCAGUUACGCAGACACGGACUCGUUGAACUCACAAAAGCGGGCUGUGGUUGCUGGCUGUGUCUAAGGGACUUUGUGGAAUCGUUCUGUGCUUGGACGCAAUGACAAUAAUCGCCACGAAGAUCAAACGAAAAGUGAAGUGGGGAAAACUUUCGCCCCACAGUGACUCGGGUUGUAGACGUGUUUCCGCGCAACUUCUUAUCAACGCAACACUGGUUUUUAUGGAGUGGUUGAGAAGAUGUGGCUGUCAGCGGGUAGCCUUCCUCGCGCGGAAGUGUCAUACUUGAGGUGGGACAUCCCCGUGAACAAAGGCGGCUGUUAAAUCAUGCGUCGUGCUUUGUCCCGGCGACCAUGCUAUUCAUUGUUGGGUCCACCGACGACGCUCUGCGAGAACGUCUCGUGUUUACACCAGCGACGCCUUUGCGCACAUAUCUCAUUUGAGCAAGCGCGAUAGCUGGCUACUCGCGUGCAAGCCUAUACACCACGAGGCCAAAAAAUCAACUUGUUUUGUCUUGCAUUAACGUGUGUCAUAAUUUUACGCUCUGCCAUGUUUAGAGUGAGACAACACUGCCAGAGAGAUUCGUCCUGGACAGUUUUCACCGUGUGUUGUGUGCUCAGCCGAAGUGUCAAAGGUUAUUCGUCGACUGAUUUUGUAUACCAGCCGUCGCGUUUGUUUGUAGUACGACGCGAGGACGCUCUACGAACCCGCCAGACGGUUUAUUCGAGGCACGCGCCGCUGACGAUUCAAGUAGUUGUUCUCCUCGGAAAGCACCAACCUGAGCAGGAUCGAUGGGGAAGCGAAGUCUAACCAGACUUGAUUAGUGAGUUCAACCGGCAAGGCUGGGGGCUCGAUUUGUGAACAAGCCGGAGCAAAAGAAAUCAAUCUACAGUGUAAGGUGAAUGAGACUGCAGCGAGAAAUUCUGCAAUACCGAAUUUAGAUUGGGGUUGAGAUCCACAAUGCAGGACCAACUCGGCCAGUGAUAUGUUCUUCAAAACCGCAUUUCACUGAAAUUGAAAACGUCCGCGUACAAAUGGCAUUUACCGCCGUCGUAUCUAAACAUAAUUUUGGCUCUAUUCGCCAGCUAUUUGGACCAAGAAUUAUUUUUCAAGUUGGCCGAAGCUUCACUGUCAAUUCCUGAGUGUGAAAUCUGGUUGAAUAAAACGUCAAACGAGUGUGGCUACAAGGUUCAGUGUGCUCGGCAGUGCAAAGAUCAUGAGUUUCGUUGGUUGGCUGGUUCACCUUGCUGAAGCGCACAACUUCUGCCAGCAAUUUAAAUUGAAACGGUGAUGAGCUGACGUAAAAACCAAGUGAGCGCCAUCAACUCUUCCGACUGAAAUCCAGCGGGUGGAUGCGUAUCAAGAUGGACCACGCAAGUUCUACCAAACAUUCGAUUCGGCAAUGCAGGUGCAACCAAGUUCAAGAAGUGAAUCGAGUUGGGCAGAAAAAUUCUAGCGACAAGUUCCAUCGUGGGGUUUUUCCAGAAAAGCUGGCUAACCUUUCCAAUCAUGAAGCGGAGAGUAGAUGGUCUGUGAACUCGGCUGGCUACACUCAUCAACAAGAGUAACGAUGGCUGUAGAAGAGUGAUCUCCGAAAUUGGUGAGACGGGUAUCGGCACCUACCAUUUGCCGCGUUGGUGGAACGUGCAGCGAGAAAGCUUGCUUUGCCUACGUCGUACAGACCGAAUCGCCGGGAGUCUAGUCCUGUUCAAGGAGUUCUACCGGGUUCACACCGGCUACAGACUGCUCCAAACAAAGGACAGUCCCGGUAUUACCGUCGGCGAAGUAUUAUCUCGGAGCACUCCGGUGCUGCAACUCAUUCAACGCGCGUAGAGACGAUGACGUCACGUCGAUUACUGCAUGUUGUACUUCGUGUACAGUGCUCCGUUGUGUUGGAACGUCGCCUUUGUUACAUCCCGACAUCCACGAAAAAAAAAAGUUGUCGAGAACAAUGACUCUAAGAUGGAAAAAUGAACACGUGUAUGUGUACAAUCACGAUGCCAGUAAAACGAAACCAGCGAGAUGUGUACGGGAACGUUUGAAUUGAGGGGAUCAUAUCAUAAAACAAGCAUGUAUACCCCCA